AUGAAUGGUUGCUAUGAGAUAAUUUUACUAUUUCAAAUAAUUACUGAACAAAUUGUGGAACUAAGUGCAAAAAAUAUUAGAAUUGGUACUGUAAAUGGAAUAGAAGUCAUUAAGGAUGAUACUGAAUUAGAGCAUCCUGCUGAAAAUGAAAAUAUCGGUUUGGUUUCCCUAGCAAAAUCUAGCAGAAAGCAUGAACGACCAGAGGAAUGGACAUGGAGAUGCGGUGAUGACCAGUCAUAUUAUUUUGAGCCACUUAACGAGUGCUACCUUAUUAGUCUCCCUCAGUUCUUGAACAUAGAUCCAGAUCGUAAGAUUGCAUACGGUGGAACACGUAACGAAUACAUGUUUAACUGCUGGCAACAAUAUCAAGGCAAACUGCUUGAUAUUGGUCUGGAUCACAUUGCUGAGAAAAUGAACUUUGUAAAAGAGAUGAUAAAAAAUUUUAAUCAUCGAUCGUUUAAUCGACAAGCAAUCCAAGUUGGCUUUAUGAUAAGUCGAGAAUAUGAACUGAUCUCGCAGAACGGUAAGCAUUAUGACGUGCUAGACAAAACUGACCUGAAAUAUCCAAACCGAGAAGAAGACACUUUCUGCUCCGGUGUUUGCUGUGUCGUAUUUUUCGCAGACACACGAGCAACAUCCGACGUGAAAAUGGUGUAUACGAGUUGUGAUAAUCGUACACGAGCACUGAGUUAUAUUUGUGAAGCUCCCGCACUUAUAUAA